UAAUGAUUUGGUUGUUGUUCAUGGUGUUAAGUGAUAACAGAAGGGAGAAGCAAAACCUAGAAAUCGCGCUCGUUGGUUUUGACUUGGAGUGAGUGGGUGAAACCGAAACCCUAACUAAUAUUGAAGAAGAAGAUGAGCAUUCGAAGGUUGAGUGGCGAAGAAUCGCAAACACUUUACUCUCUCCUCAGAGCAGAGCAGCGUCCACUCCAUGAGAUCCUCUCCCAAUUCAACUCCGCAAUCCCUUCCUCUCGCCAUUUCACUCUCUCUUCCUAUCUCCUCAUCCUAUUGCAGGACAAUAAGGUGCUCAGCACCACUGAGCGGUUAAUAGCUUUUGCUCUGCUAGUUGAGGCUUAUUCAUCCCAGAAACCGGCUUCAAAUCCCUUCAUAAGCUUUAUUGUAAAUGCUUCCUGUAAUGAAGGGUCAGAAAAAGUUGAGAGGGCAUUUAUUCUACAGCUACUAGGUCUCAAUAGCUCCAACAGUGGGAAAGAGUUUCUUAAACAGUCUGCAUCAGAUUAUGUGAAAGGAUUUGAUCAGUCAUUACAUGAGUUCCCUCCUCUAGAUCAAUUGAAGCAGCAGUUUUCUGAUAAAGUUCAUCUAGAACUAUACCAUUGCUUAUUUAAAGAUGGCUCUGUAAAAAAUGUAGUCCCCGACCCAGAUGUUCCCCCAAGUUGUGAUGCAGAUUCUGUAGAGUUUGAUUUGCGACCUGGAACAAAACCUAAACAUGGUGCCGGAGAUAAAGAUGAGGCACUAGUUGGGUUGUUGUCAAAUCUUUCAUUGGAAGGAUUAAGUCCUCACUGGAUCAGACCCCUUCCACCAAGGCUGCCGAUAAUUGAUGGGGAGCUAGUUUGGCUCAAUCCUGAUGACAAUCAUGAACUUAUGUGGGACUAUGGUAUGUGUGUUGAUACCAGCAGAGGGGCUGCAGUAAGGGACUUAAUUGCGAAAGCUCUGAAGGGAGCCCUUGCACCUGCACAGCAAGAGCAAGUCCUGGUGGAGUUUGCAAAUGAUCCAAAACUUGUAUAUCACUGUGGACUGACACCAAGAAAGUUGCCAGACCUGGUGGAAAACAAUCCCCUUAUUGCAGUUGACGUUCUCACUAAGUUGAUAAAUUCUCCAGAAAUAGCAGAAUACUUUACAGUACUUGUCAAUAUGGACAUGAGUCUACAUUCAAUGGAAGUUGUGAACAGGCUGACAACAGCUGUUGAACUACCAUCUCAAUUCAUUCACAUGUACAUAACUAAUUGUAUAGCAUCUUGUGUGGGCAUCAAGGAUAAAUACAUGCAGAACAGGCUUGUGAGACUUGUCUGUGUUUUUCUGCAAAGCCUCAUUCGGAACAAUAUUAUUAAUGUUAAAGAUCUCUUCAUUGAAGUUCAAGCGUUUUGCAUCGAGUUUUCACGUAUUAGAGAGGCAGCUGCGUUAUUUAGGCUGCUCAAGUCAUUGGAAUGAUUGUUGUUUUAGUCUGUCAAUUUUCUCCUCUUUGCUGUCCUAUUUCAAGACUUUCUGUAGAUAUGUAUCUACCUAGAGCUAGGUAGCGUUAUGUACUCAUUUUCUAAUUGUGGACAAUAAAUCAAGAUUAUAGCAUGUCAUUUGCAUUUAAUUGUAACGGGUUAUAUUAUGAAAUGUUCAAAGAUGUGAGAAUAGAGAAUUUAGAAUGUAAUUGAAUUUUAACACUAUACUAUACCCCCUACCUCAUGUGGUU